GAAUGUAUUGUCAGAGAGGAAAUGACAUGACUUCAAGACGAGCUAACUCAUAAGAAAAUGACUUCCAUUGCAAUGAGUCCUCGAGCGCCACGCCUACGGGAUAUUUUCCAAACUGCAGCCUUCAGCCACGACUGCAACCCGCAACCCAUUUUCAUUUCUCAUGAGUCAGCGGACUCCAUGUCUGGGAGGACCGGGAGAGGACGCUCUGGCCGCACUAGAUGCUUGGGGCGACGACUAUGAUCAUGGAAGACACCCAGGUUAUUAACUGGGAAGUUGAACAAGAGGAGGAGGUUGAAGAGAGACCCAGUGAAUCUUUGGGGUGUAGCUUGGAGCCCCUUGGGCGACUGCGUAUCUUCAGUAGUUCCUAUGGACCAGAAAAAGAUUUCCCACUAUACCUUGGGAAGAAUGUGGUAGGCCGAAUGCCUGAUUGCUCUGUGGCCCUGCCCUAUUCAUCUAUCUCCAAACAACAUGCGGUGAUUGAAAUCUUGGCCUGGGACAAGGCGCCUGUCCUCCGGGAUUGUGGAAGCCUCAAUGGUACUCAAAUCCUGAGGCCUCCUAAGGUCCUGGGCCCUGGGGUGAGUCAUCGUUUGAGGGACCGGGAGUUGAUUCUCUUUGCUGACUUGCCCUGCCAGUACCAUCGCUUGGAUGUCCCCCUGCCCUUUGUCUCCCGGGGCCCUCUAACUAUAGAGGAGACACCCAGGGUACAGGGAGGAACUCAACCCCACAGGCUUCUGUUGGCUGAGGACUCAGAGGAAGAAGUAGAUUCUCUUUCUGAAAAGUGUGUGGUGAAAGGACCAAGGACCUCCUUUUUGGCAACAGUAGUUCCAGAGAGCGAUGAAGAGGGACCUUCCUCUCCCCUGGAUGUCCCUGGGCCACCUUUUGCCUUCAACUUGAACAGUGACACAGAUGAGGAAGAAAGUCAGCAACCAGGAGCAGGGGAGGGCUCCUCAGCUGCCAGAAGAGUCACCGCUGCAGAGACAGAACAGCCUAAACCUGUCACAACUGGAAUCCAGCUUGAAAAGGAUCAGUGUUCAGUGAAGGAGAAGAACAAUGACACGAAAGUUGAGAGGAGCGCGAGGAGUAGGGUGGUUCCAGUUGGAGUGAUUCUGGAGAGGAGCCAGCCUGCUGGGGAGGACAGUGACACAGAUGUGGACGAUGAGAGCGGGCCUCUGAGAAGGCUCACUGGGGUCCAUCUGGAAAGGGCCCAGCCUUGUGGCUUCAUAGACAGUGACACUGAUGUGGAAGAAGAGGGGAUCCCUGCGACCCCAGCUGUAGUUCCUGUGAGGAAGAGGCACAGCUUCCAUGAAGUUGGUACAGAGAGUCCUCGGGCACCUGGCGUGGCACAUCAGCAGGAGAGCCCGGAUGGUAGUGAUACAGAUAUAGAGGAGGGGGAGGCCCCCCUGACUGUCCCUCUGGACAAAAGCCGAGCCUCCGUCGUGAUCGAUAGCAAUACAGAUGACAAGGAAGAAGUCUCAGCAGCGCUCACGCUGGCACAUCUACGAGAGAGCCGGGCCGUUGCGUGGAACAGAGAUCCAGAUGCAGAAGACGAUAGGGCCCAACCGGUGGCCCUUCUGGAGCAAAGCCAAGCCUCUGCUGGGAGAGACAGUGACACAGACGUGAAGGAAAAGGGGCUCCCAGUGGAGAAGACAGGAACUGUUCCCAGGGGUCACACGGGCAAGGCAUAUUCAGAAAAGAGUCAUCCUUCUCUCAGGGAUAGUGAUACAGAGGUAACGGAAGAGAAGAGCUCACCAGGGUUCCAAGCCUCUGCCACAGUGCAUGUCAACACACAAGUAGUGGAGGAAGUCCCACCAGGGCCAGCUGUUAUACUUCUGGAGAAGCAUCAAGUACCUGUAGCAUGGACACAUCAAACAGAUGUGGAAGCUGAAGGAGGCCCAGCAAAGCUGCCUGUGGUGUAUCUAGAAGAAGCCCGGCCUCCUCCGGCUAGGGACUGUGACCCAGAUGCGGAGGAGAACGCAUCCUUAGCAGCCUCGGCAGUGGCAGAUGUAAGAAAGAGCCAGCUUCAGGCAGAAGAAGAUACUGGGACAGAGCGGGCUGUAGCCGUUCUUGAACAGGGCAGGGCUUUUAUGGCUGGGGCCCAGGGUGGGUCACCCGUGGCCCAAGUGGAGCAGGACCUUCUCCCUGGCUCAAGGAAUAACAUAGCAGAUCUGGUGGUGGACACAGGCACUCCAGGGGAACCCACCCAGCCACAGAGACGGGGGGCCCAGACCCCCACAGAAAGGGAGAGAGAACCACAUGUGGAUAGGACCAUGGACUCUGGAGACAACCAUGAUGAUUCUGAAGAUCUGGACCUGCAAGCUACCCAGUGCUUUGUGGAGAGAGAGAAUCAGAGCCUGGAAGUCCCCAGCGUGGAGGAUGAACCCACCCAGGCCUUCCUGUUUACUCUGCCCCAAGAGCCUGGCCCUUCCCGUUGCAGCUUCCAGGCCACAGGUUCCUUGGAUGAGCCAUGGGAGGUCUUGGCUACACAGCCAUUCUGUCCAAGAGAGUCUGAAGCCUCUGAGCCCCAGCCCAUUGCCACCCACAUUGAAGCCCAUGCAUCUUGCCCCUCUCCACCUACGGCAGCACCACAAGAGCAACAUCCAGAGAGUCCAGUUCAUGCAGAGCCACUGGGGAUUCAAGGCAGAGGGAUGCAGACUGUGGAGGAAGACAUGGGUACACCAAGAGAGACAGCAGAGAGGGUGACCCCUGAGAGAGAGCCAUUGGAGAGGGAAACUGAGAAACUGCCCUCGGAAGGAGAGAGGGAAGAUGUGAUGGGAGAGGAAGAAUCAACCAGGGGGAUACAGGACAGAGAACAAAAACAGGUGUUAGCUAGAGAUACUCAGAAACAAGAGUCUGACAAAAAAGUUAAAAGUGCAAGUACUGAAAGGGAUAUGGAGAGUUUGAAGGUAGAAAUUGAGACACCCGAGGAAAUACAAGAGAAAGAGAGAGAAAAGCAGACUCUUACAAGAGAAAUAUUUGACAGAGAAGCAGAGAAACCAGUAGCAGAGAGAGAGUGUGAGGCAGGUGGGUUACAAGGGAAGGUACCCAAAGUGAUGCUGGACAGAGGCCCACAGACAGGGGAGACAGAGGCGGGGGGCCAGGACCAGAAAGGCCAGGCCUCAGGUUCGACACCAGAGCCUGGAGUGGGGGCGGGAGACCUUCAGGGACUUGCUUCAGACCCCAUAGCUUCUGGGAGCCAGUCAGGUGGAGGAAGGGGUGCCCCAGUGGGCCCCAGGAGGCAGCAGAGAGGCUACUUGAAUUGCAAGAUGCCACCUGCUGAGAAGGCUUCCAGGGGUGAUCAGGAAUCCCCAGAUGCUUGUCGGCCUCCUGCACUGCAGGAGGCUUCAGCGCCUCUCCAAAACCCCCUCAUCUCUCAGAGCCAGAAACAUCCUGCCCCUCAGUCCCUCCUUUCGCCCUCUCUACCUCCUUUAGAGCGGCCCAUUCCCAGGACCAGACAAAAUGAGAGUCAGGAAGCUCUGGAGACUCCCUUUUCCUCAGAGCUGGACUCUCUUCACCCAAAACCCAAAGUCAAGCCCCAAGGGUCCUCUCCAGUUUCUUCUGUACCCCUUGAGCCCCACCCUACCGCCUCCACAGACCAGCUUGUCACCCCCAAGCCCACAUCUCGGGCCACUCGGGGCAGGACACUUAGGUCCUCUGUCAAAACCCCUGAACGAAAUGUCUCCACAGUCCCUGAGCUCCAGCCUUCUGCCCACACAGACCAGGCUGUCACCCCCAAACCCACAUCUCGGGCCACUCGGGGCAGGACACAGAGGGCUUCUGUCAAGACUCCCGAACCAGUUAUCUCCACAGCCCCUGGGCCCCAGCCUUCCACUCCCACAGACCAGGCUGUCACCCCCAAACCCACAUCUCGGGCCACUAGGGGCAGGACACAGAGGGCUUCUGUCAAGACUCCCGAACCAGUUAUCGCCACAGCCCCUGAGCCCCACCCUUCCACUCCCACAUCUCAGGCCACUCGGGGCAGGACACAGAGGGCUUCUGUCAAGGCUCCCGAACCAGUUAUCUCCACAGCCCCUGAGCCCCAGCCUUCCACUCCCACAGACCAGCCUGUCACCCCCAAACCCACAUCUCAGGCCACUAGGGGCAGGACACAGAGGGCUUCAGUCAAAGCUCCCGAACCAGUUAUCGCCACAGCCCCUGAGCCCCAGCCUUCCACUCCCACAGACCAGCCUGUCACCCCCAAACCCACAUCUCGGGCCACUAGGGGCAGGACACAGAGGGCUUCUGUCAAGACUCCCGAACCAGAUAUCUCCACAGCCCCUGAGCCCCAGCCUUCCACUCCCACAGACCAGCCUGUCACCCCCAAACCCACAUCUCAGGCCACUCGGGGCAGGACACAGAGGGCUUCUGUCAAGGCUCCCGAACCAGUUAUCUCCACAGCCCCUGAGCCCCAGCCUUCCACUCCCACAGACCAGCCUGUCACCCCCAAACCCACAUCUCCGGCCACUCGGGGCAGGACACAGAGGGCUUCUGUCAAGGCUCCCGAACCAGUUAUCUCCACAGCCCCUGAGUCCCAGCCUUCCACUCCCACAGACCAGCCUGUUACCCACAAACCCACAUCUCGGGCCACUCGGGGCAGGACACAGAGGGCUUCUGUCAAGACUCCCGAACCAGUUAUCGCCACAGCCCCUGCGCCCCAGCCUUCCACCCCCACAGACCAGCCUGUCACCCCCAAACCCACAUCUCAGGCCACUCGGGGCAGGACACUUAGGUCCUCUGUCAAAACCCCUGAACGAAAUGUCCCCACAGCCCCUGAGCUCCAGCCUUCUGCCCACACAGACCAGCCUGUCACCCCCAAACCCACAUCUCGGGCCCCUCAGGGCAGGACACUUAGGUCAUCUGCUAAGGCCCCUGAACCAGUUGUCCCCAUAACUCCUGAGCCCCAGCCUUCCACCUCUAAAGACCAGUCUCUCACCCCUGAGCCCACAUCUCAGGCCACUCGGGGCAGGACACAAAGGUCCUCUGUCAAGACAUCCCAGCCAACUGAACCCACAGCUCCUGACCUUGAACCUUCGUCCCCCACAGAGCAGCCUGUCACCCCCAAAGUCAUAGCUCAGGGUGGUCAGAGCAGGACACUAAGGUCUUCUACAGUAAAUGCUGUGCCAGCUCCUACCACCCCUGAGUCCCACUCUCCAGUCCCCACAGGAGAGCCUAUUCCCCCUGAGCCCAUCCCUGAAGCCAAUUGCAGCAGGAGGCCAAGGGCCACUAGGAAACAUGGGUCUCUCACAGCUCACGUUCAUGAACCCUACUCUGCACCCUCUGAACCUAACUCCUCAAGGAACCAGAGACGAGGGGCAGUGAGGGCAGCCGAGUCCCUCAGCACCAUUCCCGAGCCUGCCUUUGCCCAGCUUCCCGAGGCACCCACUCGUGCUCCCCAGAUCCCAAAGGGGGAGGCAGCAGAUAGAUCUGGCUUCACCCCAGAGCCCCAGCCUGAGGCCUCUCAAAAUCGCAAGAGGCCUUUAGCUACUGCGGACUCACCUCCACUUCAAAAACGGCUCCAAAGAGGAGAAGUUCCCCAGAAGACAGCAUUCCUUAAGGAAGAAGAAGAAAAUCCUGCAGCGAAGCAGAGGAAGGAAGAGGAUGUAGUGAUUCCAGGACCAGGCAAGAGAAAGAGAGAGCAGACAGAGGAGGAGCCCCGGGAAAUACCAAGCCGCAGCCUGCGACGGACCAAACCUCUCCAAGAGUCCACGGCCCCCAAAGUGCUCUUCACAGGCGUGGUGGAUGCUCAUGGAGAGCGGGCAGUGCUGGCCCUGGGGGGCAGUCUGGCCAGCUCAGUGGCUGAGGCUUCCCACCUGGUGACAGAUCGGAUCCGCCGGACAGUCAAGUUCCUGUGUGCCCUGGGGCGGGGCAUCCCCAUCCUCUCCCUGGACUGGCUGCACCAGUCCCACAAGGCAGGUUGCUUCUUGCCCCCGGCUGAAUAUGUGGUGACUGAUCCUGAGCAGGAGAAGAACUUUGGCUUCAGCCUUCGGGAGGCCCUGAGCCGGGCUCGGGAGCGAAGGCUGCUGGAGGGCUAUGAGAUUCACGUGACCCCAGGAGUCCAGCCGCCACCACCUCAGAUGGGAGAGAUCAUCAGCUGCUGUGGCGGCACCGUCCUACCCAGCAUGCCCCGGUCCUAUAAGCCUCAGAGAGUUGUGAUCACAUGUUCCCAGGACUUCCCUCGGUGUGCCAUUCCAUUUCGGGUUGGGCUGCCCAUCCUCUCACCUGAGUUCCUGCUCACAGGAGUACUAAAGCAGGAAGCCAAGCCAGAGGCCUUUGUCCUCUCCACUUUGGAAGUGUCAUCCACCUGAAAACCCCACCCCAGUAUGCUUUUCCUCCCAGACCAAUAUAUAAAGUGUUAGAAAUAUUUGGAAGAAAGAACUUAGGGCUUUAGAAAGGAUUGGGGUGUACUGAUCUGAUUUGUCUUGGAACAUGGGUGGGGCUGAAAAGCUUGCUGGUAAAAAAAGACAGGGAGAUUGGGAGCCACAGUUUUCUUAAAUGGCCACUUAAAGUCGGCCAAUCCCAUGCUCAGAUAUCUUAAGUCGCCGCUCACAUUUAGCCGGACUGAUGUGCUUAUUGCUCUAUGGCGCGCACAGUGUCCUGCUUCCUGUUUGGAAACCAUUUGUUUCUCCUCUUCUUUUCUUACUGGGAUUCUUACUCACCCUGCAGAAGGUAGUGGAAACAAUUUUAGUGUCCAGAACUUGGAAGAAUGCUUGGAGUGAGUAAAUUUGAGGGUGGAGUUAUGGAAUGCUACUAAAAUAUUUUCCCCUCUCCUUGCCCCAUCUCGUUAGAAGCAUCCUUUAGCUUUGACGUUGAGCAAAUCUCUGCCCUUUUUUUUUUCCUGGCCUGCUUUUCCAGUAUUUAUAAAGUUAGCUUAGGCUUAACCUCUGUGAUAAAUAAAUAUUCACUAUGUGCCUUA